AGCGAUUCUGCAUCGAUCGCGCCUCAGCUUCAACCUCACCUCUUCUACAUCGUCUCUCCCCGCCACAGCUUCCAACAUGUCCACCACCGAAAAUGCGAUCCGCCCGCCGCGGGACGCUCCCGAGGAGCUACGGCAGCAGCGGCCUCAGCAGCAGCCUUCAGGCGCAUACUUUCCGCUGGGAUACAAGGAGGCGGCCUAUCAAUGGUGGUCGAGUGUCACGCCGUCCAUGGCCGAGCGCAACGUGCUCAAGCACAUCCCCUUCCUCAAAGAGGCCACCACCAGCAUGGGCAACCUCUCCACCACCGACUCUACCGACUCUUUCGGCACCAGAAUAUGGAGGCGGUCCAUGGUCCAACUCUCCGGCAAGAACCGCGCCCUCAACGAAUUCUCCGUUGAGCGAGUCGGUGAGGAGCCCGAGGAGACUCUUGUCAUGGUCCACGGCUACGGUGCUGGCCUGGGCUUCUUCUACAAGAACUUUGAGCCCAUCUCUCGCAUCCCUGGCCUGAAGCUGUAUGCCCUCGACAUGCUGGGUAUGGGCAACUCGUCCAGGCCGCCGUUCAAGAUCCACGCCAAGGACAAGGAGGGCAAGGUUAUCGAGGCGGAGAACUUCUUCAUCGACGCCCUGGAGGAGUGGCGCAAGGCGAGGAAGAUUGAACGCUUUACCCUGCUGGGCCACUCCCUUGGCGGCUACUUGGCCGUCUCCUAUGCCCUCAAGUAUCCGGGCCACUUGAAGAAGCUCAUUCUUGCUUCCCCCGUCGGCAUUCCGGAAGACCCAUAUGCCGUCAGCGCCGCCCUCCCCGAACCCGGCGAGUCCACAAUGCAGAACGAGUUUACUGUAGACCAACAAACUACGACGACCACUAAGAACAGUGCUGCCGUCCCACCCAAACGCCCCUAUCCCAGCUGGCUCGUCUGGCUCUGGGACGCCAAUGUGUCACCUUUCAGCAUUGUCCGAAUGGCUGGCCCUCUCGGUCCGCGGUUCGUCUCUGGCUGGACCUCACGACGAUUUAACCACCUCCCCUCUGAGGAAGCCCAAACCCUGCACGAUUACUCAUUCUCCAUCUUCAAGCAGAAGGGAAGCGGUGAAUAUGCCUUGGCAUAUAUUCUGGCACCAGGAGCAUUCGCCCGCCGGCCGGUGAUUAACCGCAUCCAGAAUGUCGGUCGACAGCCUAUCCAGGGACCGGAUGGCCAGACCGUUAGCAAGGAGACUGGCAUCCCCAUCGUCUUCAUGUACGGAGAGAACGACUGGAUGGAUGUUGCAGGCGGUCUUGCGGCAGAGGAGAAGCUGAAGCAGCUCAAGGCCAACAUCAUGCGCAACGGCACAGAGGAGGAGAAGCGCAACGAAGGCGGAAGCUGCAAGGUCGUCAUCAUCCCCAAGGCCGGCCACCACCUGUAUCUUGACAAUGCCGAAUUUUUCAACAACAUCAUGAGGAAGGAAAUGGAAGAUGUUAAAGAGACGGAAAAGCGCAAACAAGCAGCAGCAGCAGCGUCAUCAUAGACAUUUUUUGGUUUCGAUUAUUUCUUGAUUUCUCUACAUGGGCAUUUAGAUCAUUUGCAUAGAGCGAGGAGCUUGUUUUAACAGGGUACACGGCGUUGAAGAUGAUGGGAAAGGACUAAUAAGGCAAAGAUAUUAUGGCAUGAGGUUGAUGUAUGUGGGUGUCUGUAUGUAUAUUAUUUUUUUGUGGUGUUGGGGAAAGGGGACAACCAAGCGACUUACACGCAUAUGCGCCGAUAGAACUUAAUAGAUGGCUGGUAAGCCAGUUUACAAGA